GGAGAGGCUGUGUCUGUAUGUAUUGUAAAUCCGUAGGCCAAAGCAGCGAUUGAAACACUCGCAGGGUUUCAGCAACUCGCCCGAGCGGGAAAAUAUUGCCGGAAGUUAGGGUUUUCGCUACUCGGCAUUGGUCGGAUUCGAUUUGGACAUCCUCCGAUUCGGUUGCUCUGCUUACUUUCUUCUUCGAGCUUCGUGUAGGUUUCAGCAACAACACCGUGCGUCAAGAUGAGGAUUAUGAUAAAGGGCGGUGUUUGGAAAAACACCGAGGAUGAGAUCCUCAAGGCGGCGGUUAUGAAGUAUGGGAAGAAUCAGUGGGCUCGUAUCUCUUCGCUUCUCGUUCGGAAAUCUGCCAAGCAGUGUAAGGCUCGCUGGUAUGAGUGGCUGGACCCGUCGAUCAAAAAGACUGAGUGGACUAGAGAAGAGGAUGAGAAACUGCUCCAUCUUGCUAAGCUCAUGCCCACUCAAUGGAGAACAAUUGCACCCAUUGUGGGCCGUACUCCAUCCCAGUGUCUUGAAAGAUAUGAGAAGCUCCUUGAUGCUGCCUGUGUUAAGGAUGAUAACUAUGAGCCUAAUGAUGACCCUCGAAAGCUGCGUCCGGGGGAAAUUGACCCGAAUCCUGAAUCUAAGCCAGCACGUCCUGACCCUGUUGAUAUGGAUGAGGAUGAGAAGGAAAUGCUUUCUGAAGCAAGGGCUCGGUUAGCCAACACAAGAGGAAAGAAGGCCAAAAGGAAGGCUAGAGAGAAGCAGCUUGAAGAGGCUAGGAGGCUUGCUUCCUUGCAGAAAAGAAGGGAACUUAAAGCUGCUGGUAUUGAUAUUAGGCAAAGAAGGAGAAAAAGGAAGGGGAUUGACUAUAAUGCUGAAAUUCCUUUUGAGAAGAGGCCUCCUCCUGGCUUCUAUGAUGUUGCUGAUGAAGAUACAGCAGUGGAACAACCAAUGUUCCCUACUACCAUCGAAGAACUUGAAGGGAAACGAAGGGUUGAUGUGGAAGCACAGUUGAGAAAGCAGGACAUAGCAAAGAACAAAAUUGCUCAGAGGCAGGAUGCUCCAGCUGCCAUCCUGCAAGCUAACAAGCUAAAUGAUCCUGAAUCAGUUAGGAGGAGAUCAAAGUUGAUGCUACCGGCGCCUCAGAUUUCUGAUCAUGAAUUGGAGGAAAUUGCAAAAAUGGGCUAUGCUAGUGAUCUCAUUGCUGAGAGUGAGGAACUAGCAGCGGGGAGUGGUGCAACACGUGCACUUCUUGCGAACUAUUCCCAGACACCUCAUCAAGGAAUGACGCCGUUACGCACCCCGCAGAGAACUCCUGCGGGUAAAGGGGAUGCCAUCAUGAUGGAGGCAGAAAACCUUGCUCGGUUGAGAGAGUCACAGACCCCAUUAUUGGGUGGAGAUAACCCUGAGUUGCAUCCCUCAGAUUUCUCUGGGGUGACUCCUAAGAAACGGGAAAUUCAAACUCCAAAUCCUUUAUUGACUCCUUCUAUGACUCCCUCAAUGACUCCUUCGAUGACUCCAGGAAGAGCUAGUGUUACUCCUAGAGUUGGCAUGACACCUUCACGUGAUGGAUACACUUUUGGUAUGACUCCAAAGGGGACACCCAUUAGGGAUGAACUACAUAUAAACGAAGACAUUGAUAUGCCUGAUAGUGCUAAGCUUGAGAGGAGAAAGCAAGCUGAUCUGAGGGAGAAUUUACGAGCUGGUCUUAGUAAUUUGCCACAGCCCAGGAACGAAUAUCAGAUUGUUGUACAACCGCCUCCAGAAGAGUUUGAGGAACCAGAAGAGAAGAUUGAAGAGGAUAUGUCUGAUAGGAUGGCCAGAGAAAAGGCUGAGGAGGAAGCACAGCUCCAGGCAUUGCUUCGGAAGAGAUCAAAGGUACUACAGAGGGAGCUCCCAAGGCCCCCUGCUGCUUCUUUGGAAUUGAUUAGAAGUUCUCUGCUGAGAGCUGAUGGAGACAAGAGUUCGUUUGUUCCUCCGACAGUGAUUGAACAAGCUGAUGAACUGAUAAGAAAAGAGCUUUUGAAAUUAUUGGAGCAUGACAAUGCAAAGUACCCACUUGAUGAGAAACCAAAUAAGGAGAAAAAGAAAGGUACCAAGCGUUCAGCAAAUGGACCCGCUACACCUAUCCCUGUCAUAGAGGAUUUUGAGGAAGAUGAGCUAACAGAGGCUGACACUUUGAUAAGAGAAGAGUCUCAGCAUGUACGUGUUGCAAUGGGGCAUGAGGGCGAGUCUCUUGAAGAAUUUGUUGAAGCACACAAGACUUGCCUGAAUGAUUUGAUGUACUUUCCUACUCGGAGUGCUUAUGGUCUUUCCAGUGUCGCUGGUAAUAUGGAGAAAUUGGCUGCCUUGCAGUUUGAAUUUGAGAAUGUCAAGACAAGGUUGGAGGCUGAAAGGGAGAAGGCAUUACGCCAUGAAAAGAAAGUGAAUGUUCUGACGCAAGGUUAUCAGAUACGUGCUGAAAGGCAGCUUAUGCCACCAAUCGAGUCAAUCUUAAAGCAAAUAGACACUGCUGGAACGGAAUUGGAAUGUUUCCAAGCAUUACAAAAGCAAGAGCAGUUAGCUGCAUCACACAGGAUUAAUAGUCUGUGGGAGGAGGUACAGAAGCAAAAAGAACUGGAAAAAAUUCUUCAAAGGCAGUAUGGAGAUCUUGUCACUGAGUUGGAGAGGAUGCAGCUGCUUGUCAAACAUUACAGAGAACAAGCCAAACAAGAAGAGAUUGCUGCCAAGGAACGUUCGAUUGAAUUGUCUGCUACUGUUCAAGAUGAUGCCAUGGUAGAUGCUGAGACCUCCGAGCAGCCAAUGUCAACAAAUGGUGCUGUGCCCGUCAGUUCUGCAUCUCAUGAUGAAGUUGCACCACUUCCAGAGACUGAUCAAGCUGGAGAACGUGUCACCACAGAUGCAGAACUAGUUGCCUCUGAGGAUGAUGUAAAGCAGGGUUCAAUUUCUGCAGACCAACAAACGGUCCUCUUGGCCGAAACAAAUCCAGGUAGUGGCGACAAUGCUGAUGCCAUUGGGCAUGUAGUCCUAGGCCAAGUCCCGAGUGCCGAAAUUGAUGAACAUAAGGCAGAAAGGGAUGAAAAUGUUGCAAAGGCGGAUGUGGAGGAUGUUACCAUGUCUGAACAAGCAGCGACGAGGACGGAUGAAGAAAGAGAGUCCACGGGUACUAUUGAGAAGGAAGAGUGACGCUUGAAAUUGCAUCAGACUGGCAUCCUUGUUCUUCACUAGUGAAAACAAUCAUAUGAGAUUGGAACUGUAGAACCUCAAAGAGUGAUUCCUUAGGGAUCUGGGCAUCAGUUGUGAUGGAACUUUGUUCUGUUUUGGAUACCCUACGUUACAUAAGAAUAGAUGGACGAGCAGAAGAUGGUGUGGUGAGAUUUUAGGUUCUGUCGUAGCUGUCUUGGUUAGUUGAUGAACUUAGCUACUUGUUUGGGAAGCUCUCCAAAGGUGCAUAGAGACAACAAUGCGUUUGUCCUUAUUUCUCAACGAGUUUGAAAGACCUUGUUAGCACUCUUGUGAUAUAACCGGAUUGAGAACAUAUUGGGCACUGGGCCUUGUUUGGGCCGGCGCACUCACGCCUCAGACUUGUUUAUACGGUUAAAUCGUGUUGUGUUUA